GAUGUAAUGGAUUGAUGAGUGGGGAGAGAGAGAGAUAGAGAGAGAGAGAGAGAGAGAGAGAGAGAGAGAGAGAGAGAGAGUUGUUGUUUAUAUUCCUAACCCCAGGAAUUUUCAUUCCCAAUUCUAACAACUUUCCCUUACAAGAAUAUAUAUAAUUACUUGAAGUAUCUACUCUCUCCUCAUCCUCACAACAAUAUUAACACACACACAUCCUUGAAUCAGACCAUUUCUCUCAUUAUAUACACACCAAAUUAAUUAAACUCAGACAGCAGCAGCAUGCAAAGUUCCAUGACAGCCCCUCCCGCCGCUGAUCAUCAUCAGAGUGAAGAAAACGAAAGCAAGCCCAACAGCACCGUCGACGUUGAAGAGAGUGGCAAAAAGGUCGUCAGUUCCGGAUCUGUCAGGCACUACACCCGCUCCAAAACGCCCCGCCUCCGCUGGACGCCGGACCUCCAUCUUUGCUUUCUUCAUGCUGUUGAAAGACUAGGAGGCCAAGAAAGGGCAACACCUAAAUUGGUGCUCCAAUUGAUGAAUGUUAAAGGCCUAAGUAUUGCUCAUGUCAAGAGCCAUCUUCAGAUGUACAGAAGCAAGAAGAUUGAUGAUCCAAAUCAUCAAGUAAUUUCAGAGCAAGAAUUGUUGCUUGAUGCUGGAGAUCGUCAUAUUUAUAAACUCGGCCAACUCCCAUUGCUGCAAGGUUACAACCAAGCACCAAUCUCCAGCUUUCGGUAUAGAGAUGUUCUUUGGGGUAGCAAACCCAAUUCAAUUUAUGGUCCUUACAGAAGGUGGGCAGCAACAGAUGUUUACAUUAAUAUUAGACAAUCUUGUCCAAGAAUUCUUGAAAAUGAUCACAAACAUUUACAAAAAUUCGCGGAGCAAAGCUUUUGGCAAACCCAAAAUAAAAGCAGCCCCACAAACCCUAUUAAAUGCCCAGAUCAUAGAGAUAACAGAGCACACUCAAUGUACGUGCAAAAUCAUCAUUUUUCUCGACUAUGGGCUCAAGAAGGGAGUGGUAAUUGCAACUUGAAAAGAAAGUUUUCGUGUGACCAAAUGAAUCUUGACCUCGAUCUCUCCCUAGAAACGGCACCGAAAAACGAGAAGAAAAUGAAUAAGAGGAGCUUGAAGGAUGAUGAUGAUGGGGUUGAUAGUAUGUUGUCUCUCUCAUUGUUUUCAACAUCCUCGGAGGAAAUUCAUGAUUGCAAGAAUGCAAAAAUAUCAGCUACUUUGGAUCUGAGUUUGUGAAUAGGACAAUGUGUGAGUGAGAUUUUCCAAGUACUUGUCAGUGUGCCAAUGCAUACAGAUCAUUUAUUCGAGGUAAAUUUGUCCACUUUUUGAUUAAUUGUUUUUUUUUUUUGUGAUUCUUGAUUUGUACGUAGAGAUCAUAUAGGUAGCUAGAUAUAUAUAU